AUGACCGUCGCCAUCACGCAAAACCAGCUGCAAGUCCGCGAAGGCACCAUCGCCUGGCGCUACGCCGCCGUCGACAACGAAAACGAAGACUUCAAACGGCCAAUCCUGCUGUUCAUCCACGCGGGGGUAACGGACCAAACGCUCUGGGAUGCCCAGGUGCAGUAUCUCGUCGACAAAGGAUGGAGUUGCUUGACGUUCGAUUUAUUGGGGUUUGGGAAAAGCCAUGCCAGUGAGGAGUACCUGCGCUCGAGACCCAGGGAACCGUUCAGCACGAUUGAGCAUUUGGAUUUACUGCGGGAGGAGGUUUUGCCCAAGGAGGCGAGUGUGAUUCCCGUCGGGUGCAGUAUCGGUGCGAGUCUUGCGCUGGGAUAUACUGUUGCGAGGCAGGGUGUUGUUGCUGGGUUGUGUGCGGUUUCUGGUGGCGUGGGGGGAUUCGAGUAUCCCAAUACUGACGCUGAGGACCGGAUAUUCAAACUUGCGGACGAUCUUAUUUCGGACGGCGAUGUGCAAGGCGCUGCCAAUUUGCAAGAACCUGGACGGAUGGCUGAGCCGCUCGCUGAGCAGAUGCUGAAGUGGAAUAUCGAGAUUGCAGCUCGCGAGUGCUCGAAGACUGGUAGCCUGGCUCUGGAUACAGUAGAGCCCGAGACUCCAGCAGGUCACUUAUUACACACCAUCGAAGUACCUGUUGCCGUGGCUUAUGGGGCCUAUGAUGAGACCUACACUGUAGCAGCGAUGAAGCAUCUUGGAGAGCAUGUUCGCAAUGCCCAAGUCAAGGAAUUCGAGACGGCACACAUGGUCAGCAUGGAAAUGCCUGACGAAUUCAACAAGUGGCUAGGGAAGUGGCUACAGGCGCAGUUCCUGGAUUGA